UGCUUUGCGCCCAUGCAGCGAUGCGCAGCGCACGCAUCCAUGACGGGCUCGGCAACGAUGCCGCGAAGCAAGGACGUUUGCGCAGCCUGUUCCACGCCCACCGCGCGCCAGCCGUUCGUCGUAGCGUGCGGCAAGUGUCUGAGGCAGUUCCACUGCAAGUGCGUCGGCAUCAAGGAUGAGGACCACGACUUGGUCGUCGGAACGUUCAAGUGCUUCGCUUGCACCAGACGUCACGACCCGGAGAGCACCGCGGUCCUGGGCGGAGCCGUGGACACGCCGCCGGCUGUGGUCCGCGGACCUCACCGCCAGCCCGAAGUCACGCCGCCGGCCGGAGACUCGGACCUGAUACAAGUGGUACGGCUUCUCUGUCGCAAAGUCGACGCCGUGGCCGCUGACGUGCGCUCGCUGAAAGACGACAACGCGUCUCUUCUCGGGCGACUUGUGGAACGGGACGCGCAAGACCGUAACCCGACUGCCCAAAGCAAGAGUGGUCUGCUCUGUCAAAAUAUCGACAUGACGUCCUCGGAGCUGCGUCCCUUGAACGACGGCAACGAAGUUCUUUGUUGCCAGCUUGCCAGGAAAGGCGUGGCGGAACGUCUCGCUCCAGGCGGCAACAAGGGUGUGGUCUGCGUGGAGCAAAGAGACGGCGCCUGCACCGGCGACGACUGCGAACUGUUCCAGCAAGUAGCCCUUCUUCGGCGGGAUGUGGACGCCCUCGCGAGAAAUGUACGACUGCUCAACAGCGAGAGUGAGCUAUUUCGGUUGCACCUGGCCAGAACCACGGAGGUUUUAGGUAAGAUCGCGCUCGGCUUGGAGGAAAAGCGUCCCGCUCCUCCACUUCCGUGCGCAGCGACGACUGCGAGCCCGAAAAGCUACGCGGCCGCUUUGAGAGGCGACGCCCGUCAUGGCGCCGGAGGAACGGUUAUCGAGACGCUUGCUUCGCCCACCAAAGAGCUCGAGUCGAAGCGGAGCAUCGCAACGCAGACUUCGAAAGAACUGGAAGACGGCCGCGUAUCUACCGCCUUAAAACGGGCUCCGCCUCCACGUAGCUCUUCCACAUCUUCUGCCGCGAAGAACAACGCUCCCUCCUGUAAGAAACCCCGAGGUCUUCCAGUAGCUCGACGUCGCAGCAGGUCGCAGUCUUGCGUGGGAACGUGCCCCAACAGCGGGCUUCUGUCGGCAGCGCCCAGGCGUGUCGCUCGCCGGGCGCUGUUCCUGUCCCGUCUGCACCCGUUGACGACGUCCAAGAGCGUCGCCGAUUUCGUCGACGGCGUGACGGCGGGCGCCCCGUGCGCGUGCACCAAGUUGCCGUCAAAGCACGACACCUACGCCUCUUUUCACGUGGCCGUGGACGAGCCCGAUUUCGAGAGCCUCCUGAAAGCGGAGGUGUGGCCCACCGGAUGCCUCUUCCGACCCUUCUACGGCAGCAUAAGGGAAGUCCACUGCUCCGACUCUGACAAUGCGGUGAUGGAGGAGUCGAAGCGAGCGUUUGAUGUCCUCGACCAAUAAGCUCGUUCUGCCAACAAUGAGUGCAAUUAACAUUUGCUUUCAUGCAUGCCAGGCUAAUUCAGACAUAACAUCCCGACUCUUUUAAUCUCGAGUAAGCCAUUUACCUGUAACUCGAAGAUUGCUUUCGGGCUGGCUUCGAUCCGAGUUCUUUGUGCAUAUAACAGUACUUAUAGUGCUACAGCUAUGUAUAUCCUGCACGAAGCAUUUAAACACGCAGUAGAACCUCACAUUGCAGAUUUGUUCGAAGUGUGCAACAAACAAGUGUACCAUAAGGUUUACUAAAUUCAAGAGUGUGAAUAAACACACCUGUAGGGACAAUAGUUCAGAUAUUUGGAGGCUGCCUCUUUCACCAAAUCGCAGCGUUUGUAAGUCUCGCGAAGUGUCAGUAUAGUGUUUUGUCA